AUGGAGUUCAAUGUCGUGACUGCAUUAUUGCUGUUGCUGCCGUUGCAUCUUGUAACAGCAGAUUAUGAUGUGAUUAAGGACUACAAGGGUCGUGAAUGCACCAGGAGGUGCAACAACCAAGACAACGGCUUAGAUGGGACAGUCAGACCUAACAGUGGCACAGUGAAAUACAACUUUUGCUUUGUCAACACAAACCGUGACUGGGGCUACUGUUCUCCCCAACCUGGCAUAACGAGUUACAACAAGGUAUGCAAGAAGAACCACCAGUGCGAGAAGCAUGGCGAGGAUUACUAUUGGUGCUACACUGAGGAUGAGUCAUGGGAUUACUGUAGCCCUCCAACAGAAAGGAGGUCUGGCUCCAGGUUGGUAGACUCUGAUGGGUUCUUCUGCAAAGACAAUUGCGACAGCAGGGGGUCUACAUACACUUGGUGCCACAGUGACAACUACCGAGAAUGGGGAUUCUGCUCAAAGAUACAGAAUUUGGCAUCCAAUGGGAAAAAGUGCAAGGAUGACAGUCCUUGCAGCAAGCAUGACCACUACUACAACUAUUGCUACACCCAAGGAGGUGGAUGGUAUUACUGUGGAGAUGUCGAGUCUGGUAGAUCUGAAUAUCGCAGAAAUGUCCCACAGUGUGACUUCUCCAGUCCAUCAUCAAGAGUGGAUUGCGGUUGGUCGGGUAUUCACCGCUCCCAAUGUGAAAGCAUGGGCUGCUGCCAUGAUGCAACCUACAAGGAUCACUAUAACUGUUUCUACAAACAGGUAGACUGUGCAAAGUUGAUCGAUGCUGCUGAUAAUUCGUACACUCUGGAAACAAAUGGUGACUGCGAGACAGGAGUGAAAGCUUGGAGAUAUUCCGCAUUCACAGUAAAUGGCACCAAUUUGGACCUUCGUAAGAAAAGAACUGUCUCCGGAUGCCCUGAGCAAGCUCAUUCAUACUAUAUAGGUAGAUUCAACCAACGGGUUGAUGCCUUAACCGAUGAGUUGGGCAACAUGCCAGGUCAGAUAGACAUCUUUGAACCUAACAAUCAUAACAAUCCUAUCCAGGCCGUUUAUAGGCGACGGCUCAACCGUGAAACAGAUACGCCCAUUCACCGCGUUGAAGCACUUCGGGCUGUAAUACGACCACACCAUAUCAACCGAAACAAUCGCGUCAACCUCCCCCGGAAUGCCAGGCAAUACAUGCUGGAAUACCUAAAUGGUGAAACUGAAGAUGAAGCGUUCCACCUUGUUGGCAGUGAGUUGGGUGGACCAGGGCAAUUCUACAAUAUGGUGCCAGGUCACAGAUCGGUCAACAGGAACUUUGGCACGCCUGGCAUGUUCCAAGAAAAUGACUGGCGUUCAGUUGAAAGAGCUAUGCGGCAACAUCUUGAAAACCAUCCCUAUGGUCGGGUGGAGUUCAAUGUCCUGCUAAGAUAUCCCACUGAUCUUAAUUAUGGUCGACCCAUGUUUAUAGAAUACUGUGCUUCACUAUUCGAUAACAGUGAGUCUUUGACUGGGGAUACUUAUUAUGCUAAAGAAUGUUUCAAUGAUGACACUGGACGCAUUCAUGGCUAA